UUCCUCUCCUCGGCUGUAGGUAAGAAAGUCUGUCAGCAACCUGGUCAUGGGUUUCCUCCCACCAUAAUGCUGGUUGCCAUCAUAUAAGCGAAAUAUUCUUGAGUACAGCAUAAAACAAAUCAGAUAAAUAAAUAAAUUUUCUGGGGGCAGUUCUCUCGUAAUCAUUCCCUGCUGGAUUGUGGGACCUUAUAACUGCUAUUCACAUAUCACAAAAGUCGCCAUGUUAUGUUUGAUGUGUGAAUAUUCAUUCAUGUAAUCUGGCCGAUAUGACUUAUAAACACAUAAUGUUGGUACCUACUGUAAUGUAGUGUGCAGUGCUCUGGAUAUUUGCUAUUCGUGGAACUAUUAACAGUAUACCAGAGGUUGCUGGAGCUCAUGAAUCUCUCUUUGUUACACUGUGGAAGAUCCCAUUAGCAUACAUGUGUAAUGGUAACAGCUUUUCAGUGCUUAUAACUUCGUACUUGCUGUGCUAGACGAAAUUUCCAUUUAGAUCAUUUGGUAGAGCGCUGGAAAUUGGCUGUGGAAUUCCAAGUUCAGAUCUUGGGGUGACCCACAAAGGAAAUCCUUCAACCAUUACAUAUGCAUGUGUUACCAGCGACUGUUGAAUCAUCAAUUUACUGUACUGGUUACCCAAUUAAACACACAAUCAAACUAUAGUAUACAGGUGCAUGAUAUUAACAUUUUUAAGUUUGUGACAGAAUCACAUCAGCACAGCGUAAAGAUGAUCUGUAAGACCCUGGAAGAACUGGCUGCACAUUUCAACAGUCAGCUGGCAUCCUUGAGGCUACGGGUGGAGCUGCGAGAUGCCGCAGAUGGAGACAUGACUCAGUCUCUCCUGGCUUCCAUCCAAUCAGAUGUCAAUGAGCUGGCAGUGAUACUGAGGCUGAUUAGAGGCGAGAUUUCCAAGCAGAAAGAGCAGAUACAGCAGACAGAGGUGAUAAAGGAAUCUAUUCAGGAACUAAACGCUAGUCUGAGGCAUGCUCUUGAUAACAUCCCUGCCAGACUGCCACAGAAACAAAAACACAGUUCCCCAGAGGCACAGCAGGUGGAGAUACGCCCCACACAUGUGGAUGCGCCUCCAAUGGAACGUUGGCAUGUUCAGCCGAGGCAACCUUCUGUUAAGACCAAACCAGCAUCAUUCUAUGUCCAGCAGCUAGAUCUGCUCACUGUGGAUGAGUUCCAGUCAGUGCCAAAGUACAUGCGGGGACGGAUAACCUAUGAUCAAAUGAACAAUGCUGUUGAGGAGUUGAACAAGGCCCUCAGCGCUAAGUACAAACUGCUCGGACAGAAACGCACCAAGCUUAACGAUGCCAACCGGAAAAAAUGGGAGGUGUAUAAGAGCCAGGAUAUCAAAGAAUCAACUGGAUACUUUUUCAUUGUGGAUGCUGACGUUAAAACCUACAGCAAUUUGAAGAUUGACCGUGCCUUUAGCAGCUUAAUGACCAUUCUGCGUCACUGUGGACGCAUCAAGGAGAUUCGUGGAGGAGGAAUAACGAGAUACGCUGUGCUCAUUGCUUGAGGAGCAAUUGAACCAUAACGUCCUGUGCAAUGAACUGCUGUGCCAAUGUCUUUGUUAAAGAGGUUAAGCCAUAGAUUUUUGGCAAGAAAUACAUAUUCGGUAAUAAAAUCUAAUUUUGUAUAUAACAAAAGUAGCUCAGAUUAUCUUUAAGUGUUGACUGACUGGUUUGUGAAUAUUACACAUCAUCACACAAUACAAGAUUUCAUAUCAGUAGCUGGAAUACCUUCAUAUUCCACAAAAUCUUAAAAAAAAACAACAACAUGCAAUUCAGUUACAAUUUUCUCUCCAGUCACGUUGUAGCUUCCUCGCUUGGUGUUCAACAUUAAGGGGAAGUGCACGGACUAGUUGACCCAUAUCAGUAUAAUAUCAUGGGUGGGGCGGCUUAUUUGCCUUUGGUAAGGCUUCUCAGUGAAGCAGUACUAAAAAGAGAGGUAAAAAUCCGUCCUGCAACAAGGAGGCACAUUACAUGCACUCUAAGGACUCAUUCGUCGUUAUAUGACUGAAAAAUUGUUGAGUAUGGCGUGAAGCCCCAAGCAAUCACUCACUCCUCCUGAGUCGUAUGUGGCAAGGCCUGCCAGUAUUUUGUAGAAAGCCAUAAAUUUCUUCCGAGCUCUGCCCAAUUCCACUUCCACUUUCACUGUAAUGUUGGCCACCGUCCUAUAAGUGAGAUAUUCU